UUUCAGUCCUUCACCAUCUCCCCAACAUAGUAUAUCAUCACAAGACAUGCAUUCCCGACUUGAACUUUAUGCAAACAGGUUGGCAGAAGUGGAACAAAGACAGGCGUCCUCCACACCCGACUCUGAUGAUGAACAUAAUUUGAUUGCCCAGUACUGCCAAAGUCUGAAUGGAAACACUUCCCAUACGCUGAAGAGUCCAAUGCAGAUCAUGAUGGCAGUCGAUUCGGACCAGAAGUCGGAACUGGAGGCCAUGAUCAAGGAUCUCGAGGAGGAAAACAAGACACUACAGCAAGAGUAUGACCGGCUGAAACAAGCCAAUGAACUGCGAGAAAAUGGGAAUGGACUAGAGGAAGUGGAGGAUGACAAUAACAGCAAUGUUGACAUGGAUGCUGAAAUGAUUGCUGAAGCCAAGUUACUUCGUCAACACAAAGGUCGUCUGGAGUCACGUAUGAAGAUUCUAGAGGAUCACAACCAGCAACUGGAGGCCCAAUUGACACGCCUCAAACAGCUCCUGGACCAGCCGACACAGGAGCAAAGUGUAGGUUCAUCCAUGCCUACCACCCCCUCCUCCACAGAAUCUGACAUUCAGCAGCCCCCACCCCCUCGGUACAGGUUCAGCCCUCAGCUGGAGUCCACCCCUCAGAUGAAUGGUCACAGUCAUACAACAGAAACACCUAGUAAAGAUGAAGUUGGGGACAUCAGUGAAAUCAUAUCAGAACCCAAUGGCAGUAUAACAGAGGACAAAUCCAGAGGCCCCAACAAGGUGGGAAACUUGUUUCACAUGGCUGGUGAGGUGGGCAAAGAGGUCGGACGUUUGGUCACUGUGAUGACCGAUGAACAGACCGCAGAAGCCGAGGCCAGAGAAACAGGUGCUGCACAACCCCAGACCAGUUAGAGGGUCAUUACCAUUGUAGCACAUCAAUGAUCUCAAAUCAGUGUUCACCUGUGUUGAGGAGACAGGUGUCACUCUGGUCACAAAGACACCUGUCUUGAGAAAUCAUAUUCCAUCAGAACACAUAAAUGACUCUGAAGACAUGUCAUCUCGUGUAUGUUGGUCCCUCAUCACGUGAAAAUGUUUUCAUUCUAGCCGAGACUGAGAUCAUGCCUGCCACUUCAUGGACAUACCGUCAACAUUUGGGUCAAUGUGUAUGUGUAUGGAAGCUGUUAUCACCCACCAUCUCUUUGUCCUCAUUAUGUACAAACACGUUUUCUCUGCUGGACACAAAACAUAAAAACAAGGUCAAAAAGUGUUGUAAUAUUCAAGACCUCAGAAGUUGUUUGUGUUAAAUUGUUGAAUGAGAAUAUUUUGACUUUUUUUUAGAAUUUAUCUUUUUUGAACAGAGAGGACAGGAUAAGCAAGUCAGAUCCAGCCAAAUAUUUCGGAUACCAAAGAAAUGUAGGCUAGUUUAAUGAGAUAGUAGGAAAUGGACUCCAUGUUUGUGAUAGUGAUUGCCUUCUGUGAUGCCACUUGUGUCUGGAGAGUUUUAUUGAAAGCUCUGUUCUGUCAUAUUCACUAUGUUGUGAUACCUACAUAAAACAUGAAUGUGUGCGUAUGUGUACAAACAUACCUAUUUUUAUUUGUUUAAACACUGCCAAACUUGCAUCUUUUUAAUUUCAUGAUAGAAAUGUGUUACUAUGGUAACCAUAUGAAGCAGAGAAUCUACUGAAAUAUUCACUUUCCAGAGUUACUCCCCAUGGAUGAAUAAUUAGAAUCACAGGGCAAAUGCGAAGAAGUAUUGAUAUUUACACAAUGUGCCAUGUAAUCUUCCAAUAAUUACAUCAUGUAUAGUACAAGAAUUUGUUGGAAAUGCCAAAUAAAUUGGGGAUAUGAUUAUAUAUUUGUUGAGGUCAGGAGAUACAAAGUGGUAAUACAAUCUACAUUAAGCAGAGUCGUUUGCUGGUGUUUCGGAGCCCUGUGAAUUCAGGUUUAGAAAACAUUGCGCUUUAUCUCCAGAUUUCAAUCUGUGACUUGUGAUGUUACAGGAUUAUAGGUUAAGUCUCUGGUUUUGUCAUAAUCCAAUCAAAGUCGUCCGUGUGAGUUUAUCGAUAAACAUAUGUACAUAGUUAUAAGGAAAAAAUGCAAAUCUUCCAUAAUUUAUAUCAGGUGUGUUUGAUAUACGAGACUCAUUCUAAUUCGAGGGUGCAGGAGGAUUACAAUAAAAGGUUUAAUGUAUCCCGGGCCUAGGUAUGAUGUGAGGGUGAAGUGAUGAGUGUUUGUUUGACUGUACAUAGUCUGGAGUGUAAGAUUCUAUGUAUAAAGAUAGCCAUUGGUUGUACAGACCUCCCAUCAUAAAUCAUCAUCAUUCACAGUUGAUUCUUAUACAGAGUCACUCCCCAACUAUGUAGACCAAAUGCAUUUUCCAGUUGAUAUUUCAAAGUUUUCCAUACAUUUUAUUUUCUGUGAAGUCCACUUUCAUCUGUUUUUAGCUUGUUAUAUACUGUAUAACCAAGCUUUUGUUAAUGUAGACAGCCGUUAGGUAUCCUGUCGUUCUGGAGUGAUCUCCCUUAGAAUGUAUAUAUCAGUUACUGGAUGAAAUUAAACUAUUUUAGUCACAAAUUAACAUAAAAUGGAAAUGAAGAUUUUUGUUGACUGAUAUGUUACAGAAUAACUUUAUGGUGCUAUGUUAAUGGUGUAAGUUUAUGUACUGUCAGGAUCAGUAUAAGCAUGUGUACAAUCUAUUCUUGAAAAUCUCUGAAUUAAACAAAAGUAUGACGGACAAUUACUUGUAGAAGUUGGUUAAUUACCAACACAACAUUUUGUUAAAGCAUUGAUACUGUCAAGAUUUUCUAAUCCUUUCCGACGUCCUUGGCAGACAUCUUCCCAUGUCAAAGCCACAACCGCCCCCGCUGCUUACUGAAAAGAAUUAGCAUAGUAUCCGUGCUAUUCCUGGUCAACAUUAGUAUAUAUAUCAUGUACUGAUAUUUCAUGUCUUUAAAAAGUAGUACUGAAAAAUACUCUAAACAUUCUGUAACCAACUCUUUAUUCAGGAAUUGUAACAUAAAUACUCACAUAUACAUGUACCAGAAAUGUAAAGUGUAUAUACUUCAAGUUUGAACUUUUUAGGGGCACUGAUAUUUUCGUGGUUGGAAUAAUAGGAAGAAUUUAUUAAAUUUGUCACUAAACUGACCAUUGAAUUCAUAGAUGGAUAGCUUGACCAUUCUAAGUUGCUAAUCCACCCUGGUCAAAAGUUUAUCUUAUUGAGCUAGCUUUAACUACGGGAAGAACAUUCCAUUAAAAUUGUAAACAGUAUAGAAUUUCUUAAUUGAUAAUUACUAUUUAAUAUUUAUACCAAUAGUGUACAGCAGAUAACUCACUCUAACAAUUUACCAAUUUCAACAAGUAAUUAUGGAUGCUAGCCACUGUAAGUUAUAUGUAAUAAUCAAUAUUUAUGCAUUUAAACUUCAUAGAUAUGUGUAAUGUAUACUUUUGCAUAUAAUGUUUGAAAAAUAUUUCAAAACAAAAUGUAUUUCGAACACAUUAUAUAAUCUCUAUGACAAAGUAUAAACACUGUGACAUGGUAUACCUAUAAGAACAGAUUUUCAGUUCUUUAAAGGGAAAUAAGAUUAUAUGUCAUGCUAAAGGAACUCCUCCAUUAAAACUGAAGCUUGUAUAUCUAAUCUUGGGUUGUGGUAUGGUUGUACUUUAUCGUGUUAGCCUCUCUAUAUUUUUAUGUUACUGGUGGCCUCUAUAUUUCCACUUGUGACUACUCUGCAUCCUAAACUACAUUUCUGAAUGAGUAAACACCUUUGUACCCUAGAGGUAUUGUAGGCUGUUUUACCCCUGGCAUAAGUUUUACCACUCGGAUUCGGUAGUAAUGGACUGUAGAACUGUUAAAUUACCUCCCCUUAUAUCAUUUGAGCUUCGUACUGUAUACAUUUGUUAAGUUAUACAAAUUAGCAAAAUGCUAAGACUGAAAUAAACAUAUAGAUUUUAUACGAGAAAAAAAAUUAAUAAAAAUUAUAUUUGAAUGUA